GAAAUGUCAUGUUGGUUGCAUUGCUGGUGCUAAUGCCCGCUAGGUCACGAGUGCUGAAGUUGCAGUUUCAAUCGUUUGUGAAUUAAAUUACGAAUUUAUUUGUGUCAUUGAUAAACAGCAACAUAAAAAAUGACGACCAUAGAUGUAGUGAACGAGUUUUUAGAUGACUUACGCGGCGGCAGAAUGGUCGAAACGCCAAUAGUGCGAGUGGCUGAGGGAGAGCUGCUGGGCAGGCUGGCCAGUACGCCAAGCGGCAGGAGCUACUAUAGCUUCCAGGGCAUACCGUAUGCUAAGCCACCGCUGGGCUCUUUGAGGUUUAAAGCCCCUCAACCACCAGAGCCAUGGGAAGGUGUGCGAGACGCAACAGCAGAAGGCAACCUUUGCCCCCAAAUAGAUUUAGUAUUCGAAAAGACAUAUGUAGGAGACGAAAACUGCCUCUUCCUCAACGUAUAUACUCCAAAUUUAGACGGGGAAUUCCUCCCAGUCAUGUUUUACAUUCAUGGAGGCGGGUUCCUCUAUGGUUCAGGCAGUUCUGCCUACUACGGGGGUGAUUACCUCGUCGAAAAAGAUGUAGUCGUCGUCACAGUCAAUUACAGAUGUGGUGCUCUUGGUUUUCUCAGCUUAAACACGCCAGAAGUUCCCGGAAAUGCUGGUCUUAAAGAUAUUGUCCAAGCGUUCCGAUGGGUGAAGGAGAAUAUAAAACAUUUCGGGGGUAAUUCGGGAAAUAUAACCGUUUUCGGUGAAAGCACGGGAGGAGCAGCGGUAUCCAUGUUAGCAGCAAGCCCUCUAACCAAAGACAUGUUCAGCAAAGCGAUCAUUCAAUCGGGAGUAGCGUUGAACAAAUGGGCGUUCCAGAAACAUCCAAUCAAAAACGCUAGAGCGCUUGCGAACGAACUAGGCUGUGAAUCCACGGACCUUAAUGACAUUUUAGAGUUCCUCACCACCACGCCUGUGAGAGAUAUCGUGGAAGCGAACGUCAAAAUGAACGGACUGGAUCUGUUCUACCAAGAAGGAACUUUCCUCUUUAGCGCAGUUGUGGAAAAGGAGUUUCCAGGUGUCGAGGCAGUUUUUACAGAACCGUACCUCAAUAUACUAACGUCUGGUAGACUAGCGAAUAUCCCCAUAAUGAUUGGAUCGACGACACUCGAAUAUAACAUAGAAAGAAAAGACUUACAAGCGUGUAUUCCAGAGGAAUUCAACAUAGAGAGAAAUUCAGAAGAGGCAAUAGAACUCGCGAACAAAAUUAAAGAGUUGUACUAUAAAGGUGAAAGUGACUUUGAGAAUGGCCAUUUGCUAUCUGACUGCUUGUUCAACAUAGACACGCAUAGGUUCAUCCAGUACUUGGUAAAAGUGUCAACGAAGCCAAUAUAUUAUUACAAAUUCGAUUAUAUAGGCGAGUUGAACUGGUCUAUUAAAUUGGUGGAUAGCUAUGGGGUCAAGCGAUCGGGGCAUAUGGAUGAGUUGGGAUAUCUGUUCAAGAGUGACAUGCAUGCAGAUAUACAACCUACAGCCCAAGAUAUCGAGAUGAGAGAACGGAUGCUGAGAUUGUGGACCAAUUUCGCGAAAACUGGGAAUCCAACACCAGAGCAAAACCACUACAUUCCCGUGACAUGGCUGCCAGUCACUAAAGACAAUCUCCAUUACUUGAAAAUUAGCAACGAAUUGUCUAUGGGAACUAACCCGGAUAAGGAAAAAAUGGAGUUCUGGGAUGAAAUGUACGCAAAAUACUUCAAAAUCUGGAACCAAGCGAACAACGAAGAAGAAACAGAAGUGAUUGAAACACAAAAAGAAGAAAUAGAUUUCAAAGAAGAAAUUCAAUUCAAUCAGGAAAUAAAAGAAACAGAAUUUAAAGAAGAGAUUGAUACGAAGCCAAUUAUAGUUCAGGAAAUCAUUCAAACGGUCACCACUGUGGAAAAUGACAAAGAACCAGAGACAUUGAUUGUCGUAGAAGAGAAAUCUAACUUGCAAGAUAUAGCGGACUUAGAGCAAAAAGUCGAAGAAAUCCAUGCAAUUAUAGAUAAUGGAGACGGUGAAAACGUCAUAAUAAUAGAAGAGAAAAUAACAGAGCCUGUUGUAAUCGAAAAUAACACGGUGAAAGAAGAAACACGAACGGUUCGAGAAAUUAUGAGCAUUUAUAAGGAGACGCAUACAGAAAAUGGCUUCGAUGACCAUAAACUAAACGGUAACGUCGAAAGGAAACCAAGGCCGUCGAAUGAAAUAAAAAUGGUCCAAAAUAGCAAUAUUAAUCCUAAAGAUGUCGUCCGAGCCAACGAUCCGCCAGAAGACGAUUUGCCCAAAAAUAUUGGUGUCAAUAAAUUCGUCAAUUUCUUCGAAUCACUCGGAAAGAAGUAAAGUUCCUAAUUUAGGACGCGAGCGGUUUGAAACAGUUGUUUAGUCAUAUAUUGGAGUAAAUUUUUGGUGUCAAAAUUUGGUCAAAUUUUUUCAAAAUAUAUUGGUGUAAGUAAAAAAAAAAUGUCAAAAAAUCAUUGUGAAUCGGUGUUAAAUGUGUUUCGUAUAAAAAUUUAAAUAUUAAAAAAAGUUAUGUAGAAUUGUAUGUAGUUGUUGCGAUGUUUAAUAUUAGGAAUUUUCUUAAGGCCCAUUCAAACUAGAGCGGCAUCCCGAUGGCACGCGAUUAAAUCUCUUACGUAGUAUAUUAUAGAGACUCUAAUCGCGUACCGAUUAAAGUACGGUAGCGAACAGCCGUUUGAAUAGGCCUUUAAACUGAUCACACCGCUCGUGUAGAAUAAACUAUAUUUGAAUAAAACCGUUUAUGUGUAUAUCUUGUCAAAUUUAACGUAAAAACUUAUAUGCUCACUUUUAUUAACUUUAGACUAUAUAAAGUACGUAAAUAAACUGCAAAAAUCCCUAUAUUUAUCGAUUUGUGGUUAUUUUAAACACAAUUGUAAAAAAAAACUAUAAAAAUAUGUUGUCCAAAAUUUUUCAAGUCUAUCGAAUUUUCGAGAUUUCCAAAUACAAACAUACGAAAAUUUGAUUUUUAAUCAUCAACAUUUUCAGGUGCAAAUGGUUUUAUUUUAAAAUAUAGAUUUACAUUCCAUAUUUUAUUUAUACACGACAUUAUACAUUAUACUUAUUUAAUUAUAUUUUCAUAUAUAAAUUCAUUUAAUUUUAAAAUAAAUUAAAAAAUUUAAUCAGUAAGUUAUAUGCAAUGAACAUUCCAUAGUUGCAUUUAUUUUAUUUUUUGCAUUUAAUUAUCUGUUUCGAUUGUUAAUCUGUGGAUUUACACACGUUUUUAUUAAUUUUUCGUAUUAUUUGAGUUUAGUAUGUUUUUUUUUAAUUAUGAUUUAAAUAAUCAAUUUUGUUUCUAAAGUCUAUCAAAAUAACUCUUAAAAUGUGAAAAAUGAAUUAAUUUUCGAAUAAUAGUAAUAAUUUGUCAAAAAAAUAGUGUGUAAAAACACCUGCAUAUGAACAGAAAAUUUCUUAUGUAUUAUUUUAAAAUGUUAGUAUGAGUGAUGUCUAGUGCCUUUCUAAUGUAAAAUAUAAAUUUUUCCUUCUAGUCUUACAUGCGUUAGCAACUUUUUAUUGAUUUAACUUGAAAUCCUGUACAUUGUUAUAUAUUAAAAUGUUUUUGGUAUGAGUUUAAGAUAAAAAAAUUGGUUGCCUGUAAAGUCGGUAUAC